CAUGCAGAGCCUAACGGGUGCCCAGGUCAGUCCCACAGCCUAGACACACACAUAUUUCCCUAGAAAGCAAACCUCACAUUCACCCCCACCCCACCUAGCACUCUAGCACACCUACGCUAGGAUGCCCUAGUCGGGCGUUAGACAAAAACUCGAUAUCAUGCGGCCUCGCCUCACAGGGCGUCCCCGGAAGUCGCAAAGAGUGGGGGUGUGGCCGCGGCUGCGCACUGAACGCGCCCGGGGAAGAUGGCGGAUGACAAGGACUCGAUGUCAAAGGUGAAAGACCUGGCUUUCCUAAAAAAUCAACUGGAACAUCUACAGCGGCGACUAGAAGAGGAGGUCAAGACAGGUGUGGAACAGGAAGGAUCGUUCUUGUCAUCUCCUUUUCUCAAAGGCUUCCUGGCCGGCUAUGUCGUAGCCAAGUUGAGGGCAUCUGCGGUGAUGGGCUUCGCAAUUGGUGCAUGCACCGGCAUCUAUGCAGCACAGUCCUAUGCAGUCCCCAACAUCGAGAAGACCUUGAAGGAUUAUCUCCGGGCCCUGCGUAAGGGACCUGACUAGUGCACUCUCAGCAGUCUUCCCCCCAAAGCUUCCUCAAGAAGGCCCACUGCCCUCUGAGGAUAAGCCUUGGAAUCUGGAACAUCAUGGAUAGACAGCAGGACUGACUAUAUAGGGUUAUCAAGGAAGACUAGCUGUCUUGCCCUGUCUCUAACCUCCCUAGCUAAUCACUUUCAGUUGCCUCAGCUACUCCAGACUCCCUGUCUUCUACUUAUAUUCUUCUUUCAGCCUUCCAGCAUCUGUGCUUCUAGACUAUUGUGUGUCUGUAUGUUUCUCUUGUUUUUUUUUUGUUUUAUUUUUAUGGAGGGGGUAGAGAGGACCCCAUUUCCUCUACUUAUGGCGAUAACCUAUAACCUACCUAGUUUCUUGUUAAUUUGAUAAUGUAUCUAGAAUUCUCCUUCCUAGGAGCUGGCUCCAUCAUUCAGUUUUACCUGAUGGACUGUAAACUUUCCCCCUACUCUUACUUUUGCCAUUACUUACCUACCUAAGGCCUCAGUUGGUAGAGUAGGGAUGAAUGUAGAGGAAGGGGGCAUACCGGGCAUAGGGCGCCCAAGUCAGGCCCGAUGGGUGCUUAUGCUCCUCUUGUCCACAACCAUGUAUGGUGCCCAUGCCCCACUGCUGGCCUUAUGUCGAAUAGAUGGCCAUGUCCCCUUCCGCCCGUCUUCAGCUGUGCUUUGGACCGAACUGACCAAAUUACUGCUAUCAGCAUUCUCUUUGAUGGCCAGGAGGCAGCCAAGACUGUGGGACACUCUGCCUUGGCGCCAGGCUGCCCCUUUUGCACUAUCUGCACUGCUCUAUGGUGCCAACAACAACCUUGUUAUUCACCUGCAGCGGUACAUGGACCCAAGCACCUACCAAGUGAUGAGCAACCUCAAGAUUGGCAGUACAGCUCUCCUUUACUGUCUCUGCCUGAAUCGCCGUCUUUCUGCCAGGCAGGGGCUGGCACUGCUGCUACUGACUGGUGCUGGAGCCUGCUAUGCUGCUGCAGGCCUCCAGGAUCCACAGGGCCAUCUCCCACCACCCCCAGCAGCAUCCAUGCCCCUCCAUGUGACUCCCCUGGGUCUGCUGCUACUCUUGCUCUACUGCCUCAUCUCUGGCCUCUCCUCAGUCUACACUGAGCUGCUUAUGAAGAGGCAGCAUCUGCCCUUGGCUUUGCAGAACCUGUUCUUGUACUCCUUUGGGGUACUUAUGAAUUUAGGGCUCUAUGUGGGAGGUGGGCCAGGCCCUGGGCUCCUAGAGGGUUUCUCAGCCUGGGCAGGGCUGGUAGUUCUGAGCCAGGCCCUUAAUGGAUUGCUCAUGUCGGCCAUCAUGAAGCAUGGAAGCAGUAUCACCCGUCUCUUUGUCGUCUCCUCUUCACUGAUUGUCAAUGCUGUGCUCUCAGCCACCCUGCUUCACCUCCAGCUCACGGCUGCCUUCUUCUUGGCCCUCCUGCUUAUUGGUCUGGCUGUACAUCUCUACUAUGGAGGCCGGUAGAGCCAGAGGGCCUAUCCUCUGGAGCCGUUUUGCUCUCCAGUUCUAUUAAUGCUGGCUUGGUGUUACUUCAGUCAACACUGUCCUUUCCAGUGACCAAGGACUCACCUCUUGGAGAAGGUGCUUUUCUCCUUCCUUGAACAGAGAUGGAAGGCCCAUCAGGAAUGUUGGAGGUUUUCCUUAGGGGUGGUUCUAGUCUGCCCUUUUCACUCAUCUUAGCCUCUUUCUAGCCUAUCUGCUGCCCUCCUCUUCCCCCCCCCCCCAAACCAUUACACUUCUUCUUUCCCAUGCCUGGUAGCUUCAACCUAUUUCCUCAUACUGUUCUCAGCCAGAAUCCCUGAUAGAAGUGCCUUUGAAAGGAGAGAGCAGUCAGGCCCAAGGAAGCCCCUGGUAGGAGGUGAGGGGGAACCCAAGGAGGCCUAAAGCAGAUUUGAGUUUUUGUCAACAAAAUACUGUUGUUAGCUCAAGUUUGUCCCCUAAAUUCUGAGGUCAGCUUUCUGUUCCCAUCAUUGUGUAGAGGGGAAAUGGAUCCUGUUUCUAUCAACUACUGCCUGGAAGGUCUGACACCUAGCUGUUUUUCUGCUGUCAUCCUUGACAUCUGAUCAUCGGGCCACCCCUCUCUUCAUCACUCCUGCCAUGAUAAUUUAAACUCUGACCUGGAUUACUAAAAUGUGAGCUCUGGAAACUUAGAGUAGAAGGCAGAGAGAGCCUUUUCCUAUAUUGAGUACUGAGGCUCUUCCUUGUCCUCAUAGGUAAUACUUGCCUGUCCAGUACAUUUCUGUCUAGCCUAUUAGCUGGCUUAUUCUAAGUCUGUUUCCUCUUUAUUCUCUCAGCCCCCAUAGCAAUGCACCAAAAAGCCAAAAUGUAGACAACUUUGACCUCCUGUGCCCCAUCUCAAACUUUCCAGGAAGGUUCUGCCAGUACUAGGGUCCAUGUUGUCUGGUAGUGUUACUAGCCUCCCCUCUACCCCUGCCUUACCCACUCUCUUCCGGCUCUAGCACUUCAUAGGAGAAACUCAACUGCUCCCUUCCUUGCUGCUGCUCUUUCAGAAUCAAGACUGAGUCUCCUUAAUUGAACUAGGUCUGAGCCUUCACAGGUUCACAAGGAAUGCUAAUGUCCUCCUCUCUUAUGUCCUUCACCUUUUUGAUGCAGGUUGGAGAGCUCUGUUGCUCCUCUACACUCCUACUGGACCCUGCUUCUGCCAGGAAAUAAUUCUGUUCUUAGAGUCUCAAUCUGGCCACCUUUUCUGAGAUAUAUCCUUAACUUCCUAGUAAGAAGGAGACUCCUUUACAGGGGUAACUUAGACUAGGGCAUGUGGGAUUUUUCUGUAGGUCAAUCAGUGUUUCCUUAACUGCAUAAGCAAUAAGGUCUCAAUAAAGUGUUUCUGAAAGUAGGAAUUUCCCUACCAUCUGCCAUAA